UGUCAAUGCUGGUUCCAACACACGUAAUCAGGAAUCGAGCAUUAGGUAGCUGUUUUCGAGGACCAUCGCAUAGAAAACUGUCAGCAACGCGAGCGUGCGAGCAAGGUCCAAAGCAGGCUCAAACAUAUCCGGCCCAACGUGCACCAAUUCGGCAGAGCCGCCUGUAUUCCAGCGAGAGCGGUCUGGACAAGAUGCCUGCAGCAGCCAAAGAGAAGAAAUUGGACGUACCGCGACCAAGCUCCAGUGUCCUACUCAUCUCACCCCAAAACCAGGUCUUGCUCCUCCAGCGCGUGAAGCAAUCCUCAUCAUUCCCGAGCGCACACGUCUUCCCGGGAGGAAACGUCUCCGCAUUCCACGAUGGCGAAGCCCCAGCAGCAGACUCUCCCUUGAGACACGAAGACAGCGAAGUAUACCGCAUGGCCGCCAUUCGGGAGACAUUCGAAGAAUCCGGAAUCCUCCUCGCGCGGAACAAUGGAUUCGGCCGCCUCAUCGAAGUCCCCGAGGCCGAGCGCGAGGCCGGCCGGAAAGCGGUCCAUGCAGAUCAAAUCCCUUUUGAGAAAUGGCUCGCGCAGAAAGGCGGCCGAGCGGACCUCGAUGGUCUGAUACCCUUUACGCGAUGGGUCACGCCGACAAACGUACCGCGUAGAUUCACGACGCAGAUGUAUCUAUACUUCCUGCCGACCUCGAAAUCGGCGUCGGGCGUGAACGAUGCGUUGGCAGAGGCGGCGGAGAGCGAGGCGGAAGUUCGUAUUCCCACGCCGACGACGGAUGGCGGCAAGGAGCACACGACUGCACGUUUUCUGCCUGCGUCGGCAUGGUGUAGAUUAGCGCAGGAGGGAAGAUUGAUCAUGUUCCCACCGCAGUUUUUCCUGCUCCAUUUGGUUGCACAAUACCUCGAUGGGCUCGAUGCGCCGUCAGCAUACGGGUCAUUGUCGAGGGCACCUCUUGAGCGGGCAGAGCUAGAGGCACGACGGAAGCGGCUAUUCGAAUUUGUGAAAAGCGGUUCACCUGCCUGGACCGACAUGUGCAUUUCACCCGGACCUGUGCCGCUGAGUAAGAAGCGUGAGGAUGGACGAUCGGUCAUGGGCUUGCAUCGGCCGGGAUUGGAGCUCGAGCAAGCGGGCUUGAAGCGUGAAGGAUGCAAAGACUACUUUGUACUGACGGCUUUCAGCAAGGAAGGCCCAAGGAACCUUGCAGUCAUCACGAGAGAGGAAGCGCUGCAGGCUGGCGCGAAGUUAUGAUCUGACGAACAUAAGAUGUAAACACGAACUAAAAGUCCAAAAUGCAAUUGUAAUGCACAUAUGCGGAUGAUUGCGAAUGCUUUUUUGUUUCUUCAUGGUUCGUAUAAAG